AUGCUCACACUCGGAACAAUUCUUUACGUUUCGCUCCUUCUAAUUAAUGCAAUGGCAGUCCUCAGUGAGGACCGAUUCCUUGCGAAAAUCGGCUGGUCCUCUGUUCAGAACCCCAACGCCGCUGGCUUUCAGCCACCAUAUGAUCAAUCAGGAUACGGAUAUACCCAGCAGCAAGAUGCUGGUGUCAAAGUCCGAUUAAUCAACCUCAUUAGUGCGGUGCGGACCCUCAUGCGUAGUAAGUGGCGCAGUCCUCCAGUCGGAACUGACAAACUGAUGUUUCUGCAUAAAGUACCACUCAUAGGACUGAAUCUUGUCAUAAUCGUGUACGAGCUAAUUCUUGGUGGCUGA